CCGAAUCUUUAGUCAGUGCCAGCAUUUCAAACCGUUGCGACAGCUUACGACGUUCUUCACGGAAAGAAAGAAAGGAAGCCCAGUAGGAGCUGUACCACACACCAGUGCUUUCUCCCCCUUUCUGCAACAGGAAGCUGAUAUUGGUUCGAAACUGCCCCGCUCCCUUCUCGUUACGGUCCGCAAGAGAGAUUGAGCGAAUAGAUACUGCCAAGUGCCAAUUUGAUAGUUGUUCUGCAACGAGCAGUCAGUGAGUGCAGGUUCUGAUUGAAGAGUGUGUUCAAGAGUGCGUAUUACAAAGUGUAGAACAGAAUUAUCGAAUUCAGUACAAAGUUUAGCAAAGUACCUGAUAAGCUUAAAGCAAAAAAAAAACAACUACAUCAUCAUGUCAGCAUCGCCAAUCGCACGCCAAGUCUGCAGCCAGACGCAGGCCAUUCCAUCCAAGAGAGUCCUCAUCCAUGACGCCGCCGAUAUGCCCGAUAUCUACUCAUCGACACCUGGUGGUACUCUGUAUUCCACGACUCCUGGAGGUACCCGCAUCGUCUACGAGCGUGCCUUCUUGAUGAAUCUGAAAAACUCUCCACUGGCACGCACCCCGCCGUCUAACCUGAAUAACCUACCUCACAACAUUCUCAGAAAUGGAACCACCGGAGUCACCAGCAAGCCGAAGCCACAGCAACAACCGCAUAACUCGCCGCCCAAGUUCGAUGAACACCAGGAGCAGUUCGACAUGGACCUGUAGAUUCAGCUGCCGGGACGCUCGUUCCGCAGAGAGUUCUUUGUUACUCUAAUGGAUAAUUCAAGUUCUACCUUAAGAUGAUUCACGAUAUAAACUUUAUAAGUUUAUCCUACUUUAUCGUUUGUAAGAUUAAUGUUAGAGGAAAUGCAUGCUGCUUUGCAAAAUACCACAAAAGAACACACUGAUUCGAGGAAACGGAAAUUCUACGUAUUCUACGUUCAUCGAUCCGAUGGACCAAUACAGCGUGCGAAGACUGCUAAACGCCAUCUACAUUGUGAGCUCUAAACAAGAACCAAGAAGACAGCAGAGUACUUAUGACGCCUUGCGGUAGUGCACGCCCAAGGACGAUCAUUGUUCUGUUUUGUCGAAUUAGGUCUACACGUUAUCCUAAUCUUUCAAAAAAAAAAAGGUGUAUCCCCCGGACGACAGUCAACACACUCUUUCAGUGAAUGCUGUGCUGUGUCACUGGCCAACAGUACGGGAAGUUUUGUGAUACUGGAUGGCUGACGCAACCAACCAUCCAACUUCUAGGAACUAAUGUUUGGUUUAAAAACAAAACAAGUAAAAUCUUAAAGAAUAAACCGUUUAAGUAUCAGAAAACAAAUUUUUAGAUGUUAGACAAUUUGAGUGGAACAGAAGUUAACAACAGCUUCCAACAACAUAAAAAGGAGAACGAAACAACCAGUUCUCAAAAGUCAUUUGAUUUGUACGCAACUCUAUGUUAUUGCUGCUUUCCAACUUCAAGACUAGGUUUCAAAAUCAGCUAGUGGUAAUAUGAUAACAGAAAUAUCGGUGUAAAAAUUAUCUAUGCAUUGCAAGGUCAAUCAUUGAUGAUACGAUAUCACGAUAGCAAUAGGUGACAAGUAUAAAAUGAAACAGAUAAUGUUUGUUUUUCUUUGUUUUAAACUAAAUGUUUUUAUUGUAUGUAUUUGAGUAAAUGAACCUAUUUGUAAUACAACUUCUACAACUUACUAAAUACAAAUUCUAGCAGCCAGGCAGAAUAGCAAUCUGCAGUUUGAAUCUAAUUCAAUCACUUUUAUGAAAGCACGAUGCAAUGAUAUUUUAUUUGAUUACAGUUCAUCAAAAUAAUAAAAAAAAAUCAACGAAAAAAUAA